AUGUCAGAUGUGUUUUCUAUAUUUAAAAAGAAACGAAAUAAAAAAACCAAGUUGUAUAAAACGUCAAGAAAGAAAGGUAAUAAUAAAAGAGGAAUUUUUAUGAAUGAUAAGAGUAGGAGGAAGGCAUAUGGAACUCCAAGUAAAAAAGAUAGUAUAUAUAGUGAGAGAAAUAGUAAGAUUAUAAAUAAUAAUAUUAAUAGUAAUAAUAAUAGUAAUAAUUAUAAUAAUUAUCAUGAUAUAUAUGAUGAUGAUACAUUAAACAAAAACAAUCAACAUGAAAUAAAUAUUGUUCUUGAAAACUUUCCUAAGUUACCUAUAAAAAAUAUAGAACUUUGUGAAGAGGUCUAUAAUAUAUUUUAUAUAAGAGAUCAAUAUUUGAUUGGAAAUAAAAAUAUAAUAAUAAAUAAUGAUCAUAUAAUAAUAUUAGAAACUAUUUUAGAUAAGAUUGAGAAUGCUAUAAAUGAUAUGCUACAUAGAGAUGAUUUAUAUUGCACAAAUAAAAUAUUAAGUAGUGUUCAUGAAAAGAUAUUGUGUUUAUAUAACAGUUUUAAGAAUAUAAAAAAUAUGAUGCCUGAAUUAUCUAAUUCAUAUGAUUGUUUUAAAAGUAAUGUUAUAUUUAUUAAAGCAAAACAAUUUAAAAAGAAUUAUGUAUAUGAUAAUUUAAUAAAUAUAUAUACAUAUUUACAAGAUAGUGAAAUUCAACAAGAUAACAUUGAAGUAUAUAAUGAAAUAUUAUAUAUUAAUGAUAAACAAAUAUCUUGUCCUUCUUUUAUAAAUAAAAAUAUGUUAUCAUCAAAUGAAUAUAUUGAAUUAUUACCUAUGAAAUUUAAUACACAUUUUAUAGAAUUAAAUAAAAUCUCUGUAUAUUAUUUAUAUGAAGAAUCAAUGAAUCAUAUUAUAUGGCAAAGAGUUCUAGAUGAAUUAAUUGUUGUUAAGGCAUUGGCAGAUAUACCAUAUUUUGAUCUAACUGAAAUUGAAGGAUUCGAUUUUAAAAAAAUGAAAUCAGGACAAAGACAAUGGUAUCCAAUUUAUAUUGCAAAGGAAUUAAGUGACGAAGGACUUGCAACUGUUGAAUUCCCUUUCUGGUUUUAUAUAGAUAAUUUAAAAAAUAUUUAUAAAAAAGAAUUUGACGAUAUCAAUGAACUUACUGAUUUACCAAGUCCUUUCUUUUUUGAAAUAUGUUCUAUGUUCUUAGAAAACAACUGUUUUAAAAACUCAACACCUAUAGAAACCAUAGGUCAGAAAACCCCUUAUAAAUAUAUUCUCAAGGUGGCAGGCCUUAUACAAGAUAUAAGACAAAAGCGAAUCUACAAAAUUAUGAACAAAUUAAAAAACUGUGAUAUAUUUUCUGAGAUAUUAAUGAUAAACAAUAUUCAGAUAUAUGAAACAUAUUGCGUUAAUUAUUUAGCAUCUGUGUUUUUUCAAAAAAAUAAUUCGACAAAUUCUUUCGAUGAAUCAUUUGAUAUAAGGAAUUAUUUAUUUGAUCCUUUUAUUUUUAGCUCAUACAAUAUGUAA